AGAUUUAAAAUAUGCUCUCUUCUGUCAUUUAUAUUUUUCACCCCGUGAGGAAGUCCUGUGUUUUGUUAGUAAAUGACAGCUUUAGAAAGGAUGCCUCAGAGCGGUUUUCAUGGAAACCUGUAGCUUACAGGAAGAGGAGGCCCAGGAUGGCCGACAGGACGCUCUGCAGAUAAUAGCAGCAAAAAUUAUUCAGAGGGCCUGGAGAAGAUAUGUGUGCAGAGAGGUCUUCAGGCAUGUCCAGAAGUUGAUCACCCACUGCAAUCAACAGAAUCCUCAGACAGUCCUCCGAACUGUUAAUCCUCGAGAGGCAAAGCUGCUGGACAGUGCUGCAGGGGUGUUUAUCCGAUUUCGACUUGGAGGGGUCACUUUUCCUCCCAGGGUCUAUUACAAGAUCUUCACCUAUCGGCCCAUUGUGGAUGUAUGUGCAAGCAGCCCGAGGGACUACCAUCAGCUCGGGCGUAAGAAGCUUUUGGCUCAGAAAAGUGAUACAGCUCUGAAUCAGACAGGGCGAUCGGAUUGGUACCAGCGUGUAGAGAAUAACAACUGGAGGCUAUUCUGUUGCAAGGUGGUCGGCUGGAAUGAACAGACAGAGAUCUGUGCCGACAAAAGAAUAGACUUUCAUCCGUCCAAGCUGCAGCGGAAACAGGAUGUGAUCAAAUGGAAGAAAAGGAAGAAGAUUGAGUGGCUGAAGCGGAUGUACAGGGACGGCUGCCUGCAGGCUCAUUCAGAUCAGGCUCACUUGGCAACCCUGGCUAGCAGCUCAGCUCAGGAAGUGAUGGAGGCUAUCGAAGAGAAAGGAGAUGAUGAAAUACUGGACUGGGAGCUGGAUGAGCUGUUGGCCUGGACUAACAGUCUUAACUUUGAGGAGUACAUGGAGGAGUGGCAACUUCUGGCCUGCAGUCACACCUCUGAGCUGGGCUCUUAAGAUCAUCCAAUGUCUAUGUCGAUAGUAGAUCUACAUGACUUGGAAGCUGAAAGCAGUCAAGACCAACAGAAUAAAAUCAACAAUGGUAAAA